UUCAGUUUGUCUUUCUCAACAACAAAUACUUAAAAGUGGGAUGUAUAAGCCAAAAUGUCUCAAUAAUCAGUUGUGUAGAAGCAGCACAGCAGUGAAGCCAAAAUUGUGAGAGCUGUCCUUACCUCUACACCUGUCUCUCCUGUCAAGGUAAGGGAUACAAGAUUGAAACCAAAAAAUGCUGUUGCAAGAACCUUUGGAGAGAACCAAGAGGUUCUUUCAGAAGACUUUGAGAUGCAUCAAAUCCCUUUUCCCAGGAGGGUGCCUGGAGGUACUUCCCAUAUUUAGCUUCGGCGAAAAGAUCAGUUCCAAAAUCCAGGACCUGCAAUAUUUCUGCAAAAAAUUGUCAAGGAAACAGAAUGGUACAGGGAAUAAGAAAGACGGCCAAAUUGCACCAACAGAGCAAAAAGAGGGAGACGUACACUGCAGUCAAAAUUCCAUGUGUGUUCCAGAUCACUGUAAAUUAAAGGCCCUGAAAGAAGAAAAGAAAGCAUGGAAAUACUCGGGAAUGAAGCAGGACAGAACCAGUUACCUGUCUGCACAGAAGUUAGCCCAAAAGAUGAAAGAAUUUGAAAUGAUGGAUGUGAAUGACGGCGAACAUGUCCUGGAUGUAGAGGAGGUGCUCCAUUACUACUCCCUGCUGACCUCCCCAGUUUAUCUCGACAUCGUUGAUCAGUUUUUCACAGAUAUGUACUUAGAGUUCAACCUUCCACAUCCAACCAAAAGCGCCAACAGCUCAAUGAGGAAACUGGGGUGCAGCAGCGUUCACAGUUCAAUGAGGAAGUUGGGCUGUGGCAGCAGCAUUCACAGCUCGAUGCGGAAAGUGGGUUCCCCCAGUGUCCACGGUUCGAUGAGAAAAGUGAGUUCACCGAGCAUCCACAGUUCAAUGCGGAAAGUGAGCACUCCCAGUGUUUACAGUUCAAUGAGGAAAAUGGAUUCAGCAAGUGUUCACAGUUCAAUGAGAAGUCUUGGGCCUCUAAAGAUAUAA